AGACUACUCUGCCCCUAUCAAGUGACCAACCACCUACCUAAAUCCUAAACCUCUUUUACAUCUUAGUAACCAUCCUUUAUAGCCUAGCUUCACCCAUCUACAACCAUUACAUACCCCUCUGUUUUCAUAGAAAUUGUGUUUCACAAACACAUUAACAUGCCAUAAUAAUGCCAUCUGUGCAUUCUAGUCCCUGCUACCCAAUGGAAAACCCUGCAAUAGCAUCACUACUCCGCCACACAACAACAGCAGCAGCAACAACAACAGGGGGAAAACGAAGCAAAUUCUCCACAGGAGGACUCUUAAAAAUGUUCAAGCUUUUUCCCAUGCUAACCUCAGGCUGCAAAAUGGUUGCUUUGUUAGGAAGACCACGCAAGCCAAUGCUCAAAGACAGCGCCACGACAGGAACAAUCUUCGGCUUCCGCAAAGGGAGAGUGAGUUUAGCUAUACAAGAAGAUACUCGGCAAAUGCCAAUUUUCCUCAUAGAGCUUCCAAUGCUGACAAGCGCUCUGAACAAGGAAAUGGCCUCUGAUAUAGUGAGGAUCGCACUCGAGAGCGAGACGAAGAGCAAUAAGAAGAAGGUGAUGGAGGAGUUUGUGUGGGCAGUGUAUUGCAAUGGGAGGAAAGUUGGGUAUUCUAUAAGGAGGAAGCAGAUGAGUGAUGAUGAGCUUCAUGUUAUGCAACAUUUGAGAGGGGUUUCAAUGGGAGCAGGGGUGCUUCCUAGUGAUAAUAAGGAAAGUAAUUCAGAUGGGGAAAUGACCUAUAUGAGAGCAAGGUUUGAGAGGGUGAUUGGUUCAAAGGAUUCAGAAGCUUUGUAUAUGAUUAAUCCAGAUGGUGCUCAAGGACCAGAAUUGAGUAUCUUCUUUGUUAGAGCUCACUAGAAUUGGUAAAUAAAUGUACCACAUCGUUGGCAUACAUUAUAUAGUUAUUGUUAUUAUAAGCUCAAGCUUUUUGAAAACGAAUCACCUCACCCUCUUCACAACUCAUUAGUGUGUUCUGUAUUCCUUGCCUGCAAUUCAACUUCAAUUCUUCAUGUUCCCAGCUACUGGAACUGUAAGAUUAACUUCUGCCUUGAUUGUCCUGCAUCGAACUAAAUAUAUUCUUGUUGUAGCCUGGGGUUUUUCAAUGAUUCAUAAUAAAAUAUUGAUUUUCUUUUCAA